UCCUGUGGCCGAGCUCCGCGCCGUGUUUACCCUCCCUUUCCCUUUGUUUUUUCCUCUCCUCCUGUCAUUGCCACCCUGGAGGAAGAGAGGGAGAGGCCGUGCUCACACGCUCCGUUAACCCGCGCUGUGAUUCUCCCCCUGAUGCCUUUGGGAACGGCUCCAGCACGCUGACGGAGCACUGCGGGUGCCGCCUCGGGAUCACCUUCUCCUGCAGAUUCCAGCUGUUGGAUGAGCAUUUCACCACUUGGCUCUCUGCACUCCACGAUGCUGCCGGGAGCCCUGCGCUGCCUCGUGCUCCUCUCCCUGCUCAGGGAGGGCAUCAGUGAGGUCAGGAGGUACUACAUUGGGGCUGUGGAGACCACCUGGGACUACGUGCACAGCCAGCUGCUCUCCACAUUGCAGGCACCUGUGGGUGUGUCAGGGCCCCAGGAACCACAGCCCACUAUGCCCGGUGCCCUCCCAAGGUACAGGAAGGCAGUGUUUGUGGAGUACCUCGAUGCAUCCUUCACACAGCCCAAGCCCAAGCCAGCGUGGAUGGGUCUCCUGGGUCCCACCAUCCGUGCAGAAGUCUAUGACACAGUGGUCAUCACCUUUAAGAACCUGGCAUCCCACCCCUACAACCUCCAUGCUGUUGGGGUGUCCUACUGGAAGGCGUCAGAGGGUGCAGGGUAUGAGGAUGAGGCCAGCCAGCCAGAGCAGGAGGGUGACAGAGUGGAUCCAGGGAAAACGCACACCUACAUCUGGGAAAUCCAGCAGAACCAAGGUCCCACAGAUGGUGACUCCCAGUGCCUGACCCACUCCUACUCCUCCAAUGUCAACAGUGUGAAGGACACCAACUCCGGUCUGAUUGGAGCCCUGCUCGUGUGCCGGCCUGGGACCCUGGCGAGAGAUGGGGCGCAGAACACGCAGCAAGACCUCGUGAUGCUCUUUGCAGUGUUUGAUGAAGGGAAAAGCUGGUACUCGGAGCCCAACUCCCCAGCCCACAACAGGACGGAGCUGCAUACCAUCAAUGGUUACAUCAACAGUUCACUGCCUGGUCUCACGCUGUGCCACAAGAAGCAGGUCCAUUGGCAUGUGAUUGCCUUGGGCACUGGGCCAGAAGUCCACUCCAUCUUUUUCGAAGGCCACACGUUCCUGGUGAGGGGCCACCGUUUCAGCAGCCUAGAGAUCUCCCCUGCCACGUAUAUCACGGCCCAGACCACGCCAGGAACAGCUGGCUCAUUUUGGAUAUUCUGCCAAAUGCCAUCCCAUCAGCAAGCUGGCAUGGAGGCUGUUGUGAAGGUAGAAGAAUGCCCAGACGAACUCCGACAGAAGAUGGGGCAGCUCUCAGAUGAGCCAGAAUACAUGGAUGAACCUGAAGAUGAAGAGGAGGAAGAUUAUCAUGUCAUCCAGGUGCGCUCUUUUGCCAAGAAGGACCCUGUGACGUGGACCCACUACAUCGCAGCAGAGGAAAUGGACUGGGACUAUGCCCCCGUGAAGCCACCAUCUCUGGAUAGAAACACCAGCAGACUGUUCCUGGAGGCUGGCCCACAACGGAUUGGGUCAAAGUAUAAGAAAGUGAUGUUUGUGGAGUAUGAGGAUGGAACCUUCAAGAAGCGCAAGGCGUCAUCCCAACCAGGCCAGGGAAUUCUGGGACCUGUCCUAAAGGGUGAGGUUGGAGAUCAGUUUAAGAUCGUGUUCAGGAAUCUGGCCAGCCGACCAUACAACAUCUACCCUCAUGGCCUCACCAGCGUAAACCCAUACCAUGCCAUGAAGCCCUCACAAGAGAAGGAUGUGAAGGACAUUCCCAUUGCCCCUGGUGAGUCCUUCACCUACAGGUGGAGCAUCACAACAGAAGAUGGGCCAACGCAGGCGGAUCCUCGCUGCCUCACCCGCUUCUACUACAGCUCCAUCAACCCAGUGCAAGACACAGCCUCAGGCCUGAUUGGGCCCCUCCUGGUCUGCUUCAAGAAAUCCAUGGACCAGAGAGGAAAUCAGAUAAUGUCGGAUGACACGAGGCUGGUGCUGUUUUCUGUCUUUGAUGAGAACCGCAGUUGGUACCUGGAGGAGAACAUCAGGCGGUUCUGCACUGAUGCAGCCCAUGUGGAUAAGCAGGACCCUCAGUUUUAUGCCUCCAACGUGAUGCACAGUGAGUGCAAAGCAGGGAGACCCCAGCUGCUGAUGUCCCUGCCCCAGGGAAAGGGAAGCUGCAUGGCAGCCCCAGGGCUUGAUGAACCUCUCACUCCAUGCUCUUUUCCAGCUAUUAACGGCUUUGUCUUUGACAACCUGCAACUGCAGCUCUGUCUGCACGAAGUCGUGUACUGGUACGUGCUGAGUGUUGGGGCCCAGACAGAUUUCCUCUCAGUUUUCUUCUCUGGAAACACAUUCAAGCGCAAUAUGGUCUUUGAGGACAUGCUCACCCUUUUCCCAUUUUCUGGAGAAACUGUUUUCAUGAGUGUGGAAAAGCCAGGCAUUUGGACACUGGGGUGCAUGAAUCCUGAUUUCAGAGACCGAGGGAUGCAUGCCAAGUUCACGGUCACUCAGUGCCAGUUUGAGGGAAGUCCUGAUGAGGAAGAGUAUGAGGAUUAUGCAGAGGAAGACUUUGAGCUCCAACCCAGGGGUUUCUCUAAGAGAAAGAACAAGCUCAGGCCAUGUGUGAGCGAGCAGCCCAACAAUGCCACCUCUUCCAAAAAUGAGACAGGGAAGCCAGCACUGUGCUUGACAGAACCCAGCCAUGGGGCCCUCCCACACAAUGACACGAAUUCUGGACCCUCUUCCAAUGGCACAUCAGCAUUCCCAGAGAGCCCACAUUCAGAUGAUAUUUCCACCUCCCCUCUGCCAGAGAUACACUAUGAUGUAGUGUCAUAUGAGUCCUUCCUGGCAGAUGAAGAAGAACUGUCAAAAACCAUCAGCCAGGACCAAGGUGCUGGGGCACUCCUAUCUGGAAAACACACCAGUGGAGAAGUCCAUGACUUCAUGACUGUGAGCUCAAGAGAAGGUCUGCACCAAAGUAAGCCAGCUCCAGAAGAUGCUAUGGUGGAAAAGAAGGUGACAAAUGUCUUAGAAGUACAGGAGCCAGCAGUGGUCCAGGCUGGUGGUACAUUACAGAAGCUGGAAACAGAGACUCAAAAACAAACAGCUCACACAAAUGAUCUGAGGAACUCAACUGUGUUUGCUGCUGGCAAAGGCCCUCUUCAAGGCACCAGGAGCUCAUUUCAACAGGAUGACCUGAAGCACAGUCUGGGACUUCAAGUCACAUCUUCAGAGGGUGCUGAUGUAACACCCUUAAAUCUCCAUGAGUCAAGGGAGGCAAGCAAUACAGGACCAAAGUUAGGCAGUGACCCUAACUCCUCCUUCACACCGGACAGCCCUUUGGGACCCUCAGCCAGGACAGAGGACAUCAGGACUUCUCAAAGCCACAAUGCAGAAAGCAAUCACUCCUCCAAUGAGUUAGGUGCCAGACUGAAUAAAAGACCUCACAAAGUGAUUUCACAAGGUUUUAAUGAAUCUUUGGGAGGGGAAAAUGUUUCUUUCUCAGACCUACAACCUGUACAAGAACAAAUCCUUACAGACAUGAAGAACUCCUUGCCUGCAAACAGCAGCAUGGAAGAAGCCAAAGGACUUGCCAAAGGCACCUUUGCACACAGCAAUGACCUGGAGCCUUCCAGAUACUUCACAACAGAAGAAAGGGAUGAGUUAAUCCUAGAGGCAGUGUUUCAGGAUGCUACAGCCACUAAGGAGUUGCCAGAGACAGAUAGCCUUGUCCUUCCUGAAUCAAACCUCGUGGCCAAUGACACAAGGCAGUCCCCAAAUGCACUGAGCAUGAGUGUCCCUGGCUGGAGACCUCGACAAGCCAGGUCCCUGCAAAGCAGAGGCUUUGAGCAUGGUCUGGGUCUUCCAAGCCCUACUUCUGGCAGUAGGGAGUCCCUUUCUGUGGGUAACAGAGCAGAGCAGGAUCGGCAAAGCAGCUCGCUCCCCACACAGGCAGCACCACAGAGCCAGGCAGUGAUGGCAGCCAGCAGCUCAGCACUGAAAGAUGGUAACAAUGCUACAGAUGUGGCCUCAAACUGGGACCCAGCCUCAUCAGAGACAGCAGGGCAUGCUGUGGGCUUGCAGAGCCCAGCUUUGGCUGCCAUGCAGCCAAGUGGAGGGGCUGCCUGGGGGGAUCUGAGGGACAAGCAGGCACAGGGGAGAAGCCAGUUGGAGGAGGAGACAAAUGCUGUGGAACAACCAUAUCGAGAGAGGGCCUGGUUCAGUCCCCAGCAUCUGGAAGCCAACGCCACGAAGGACACUGUGUCUGAGAGCACCUCUGGGCAAAACCCUAAUGAAAUCCCCACAAAAGUGGCUCCUAAGGAGAACACUUCCCUGCUUCUGAACAGCCCUGCAUUCAACCAUAGCACUGUUGAGAAACCAGACAAACAUGUGCAGGCCAGUUCAGAUGGACAGCAGGUGCUUGGCAGGAAAAAUGUCCCUGGAGAAACUGGGAGAGUGGAAGAGCCUGAGGAGGAUGGGGAAAGUGGCAGCACAGCGGGGAAGAGGAACCAUGCAACAGAACAUGGGGACAGCCUGAACAACGAGACCCUCUCUAGCCUCUUGAUGUCAGAAUCUAACAUCACAGAUUAUGAUGACUAUAGCGAAACAGAGCAGGAUUUUGACAUCUAUGAGGAAAAUGAGCAUGACCCACGCUCCUUCCAGGGGCAAAUACGACAAUAUUUCAUUGCUGCAAUGGAGGUGAUAUGGGAAUAUGGGAACCAGAGACCCCAGCACUUCCUAAAAGCCACGGACCCCAUGAGUGGCAGGAGGAAACCUUUCCGGCAGUACCGCAAGGUGAUUUUCCGAGAGUACUUGGAUGAUUCCUUCACUCAGCCAGCGAUGCGGGGAGAGCUGGAUGAACACUUGGGCAUCCUCGGGCCGUACAUCAGGGCAGAAGUUGAAGAUACCAUCAUGGUCAAGUUCAAGAACCUGGCCUCGCGGCCCUUCUCCUUCCACUCCUCACUGCAAGGCUACGAGGAGCUGCAGGGAGGUGAAGCGGUGCAGCCCGGUGAGCUGCGCGAGUACUCCUGGAAGGUGCUGCCCCAGAUGGCUCCCACCACACAGGAGUUCGACUGCAAGGCCUGGGCUUACCUCUCCAAUGUGGACUUGGAGAAGGAUUUGCACUCGGGGCUCAUCGGGCCACUGAUCAUCUGCCGCCGUGGGGUGCUGAACUCUGCUUUCAAGCGGCAGCUGGCUGUGCAGGAGUUCUCCCUGCUCUUCACCAUCUUUGAUGAGACCAGGAGCUGGUACUUCGCAGAGAACAUGAGGAGGAACUGCCGCCCGCCGUGCCGCAUCCAGCUGGACAACCCUGACUUUAGGAGAAACCAUUCCUUUCAUGCCAUCAACGGCUACGUGGGGGACACUCUGCCCGGACUGGUGAUGGCUCAGCUGCAGCGGAUCCGCUGGCACCUCCUGAACAUGGGCAGCACUGAAGAUAUCCAUUCUGUCCACUUUCAUGGGCAGAUCUUCAGUGUCAGAACGAGCCAGGAGUAUCGCAUGGGAGUCUACAACCUUUAUCCUGGUGUCUUUGGGACGGUGGAGAUGCAUCCCUCGCACGCUGGGAUCUGGCGGGUGGAGUGCAAAGUGGGGGAGCACCUGCAGGCUGGGAUGAGUGCCCUCUUCCUCGUGUACAACCAGGAUUGCCAGAAUGCCCUGGGCAUGGCCUCAGGCUACAUUGCAGACUCCCAGAUCACGGCAUCAGGGCAGGAAGGGCCAUGGGCCCCUAAGCUGGCCAGGCUGCACAACUCCGGCUCCAUCAACGCAUGGAGCACUGGUGAAGGCAACCCCUGGAUCCAGGUGGACCUUUUACACCUGAAGAUCAUUCAUGGCAUAAAGACCCAAGGGGCUCGACAAAGGCUCUCCAGUCUCUACGUCUCUCAGUUUGUUGUCUUCUAUAGCCUUGAUGGGCAAAGGUGGAAGAAAUACAAGGGCAACGCAACCAGCACACAGAUGAUGUUCUUUGCAAACGUGGAUGCAACCACAGUGAAAGAAAAUCGCUUCAACCCUCCGAUCAUAGCCCGCUACAUCCGCAUCAGCCCCACUCACUACAGCAUCCGCACCACGCUGCGCAUGGAGCUCAUCGGCUGUGAUCUGAACAGCUGCUCCAUGCCCCUGGGAAUGGAGAGCAAAGGGAUCCCUGACCAGCGCAUCUCUGCGUCAUCCUACAGCUCCAACAUCUUCUCCAGCUGGUCACCCUCCCAGGCCCGCCUGAACCUGCAGGGAAGGACCAAUGCAUGGAGACCAGAGAGCAACAACCCCAAUGAGUGGUUGCAAGUGGACUUUGAAGCAACCAAGAAGGUGACUGCAAUCAUAACCCAAGGUGCCAAGUCUGUCUUCACUCACAUGUUUGUGAAGGAGUUUGCUGUUUCCAGCAGCCAGGAUGGUGUCCACUGGAGCCCAGUCCUGCAUGAUGGCAAGGAGAAGAUUUUCAAGGCAAACAGAGAUUACACCACCACAGUGCUCAACAGCCUGGAGCCGCCGCUCUUUGCCCGCUAUGUGAGGAUACACCCCCGCCACUGGCACAACCACAUCGCCCUACGGAUAGAGUUCCUUGGCUGUGACACCCAGCAGGAGUACUGAUGGGCAGAGCUGGCCCACGGAGCCACAUCCAGCAGGACACUGAACUCUCACUGGGGCCAGAGCUGGCCCUGUAUGUCCAGGAGGUGCUGUUGGCAUCAGCAGAGGUUUCUCUGCUCCCAUUGCUGUGCUAAUGGCUCCUGCUGACAGAGCGGACUGUUUGUCAUCAUUCUCUUCCUGCUCCUCAUCUACCCCAUGCCGUAUAGUCAGACGUAAUGCUGAAGAAUUAAACAGUAAUUUUCCA